AUGCCUUCCAAGGAAGCGGAGUGCCCUCGCAUCGUCCUCACGGGUGGUAAUGGGUUUUAUGGGGGCCACAUCAUUGCUGCAUUGCGCGAACAGUACGAUGACUGUCGAAUUUUUGUACUUGACCUGAAAUCGCCAUUGACGCCAUCACACGACGUCGAGGAGUACUUUGCUGUCGACAUCACUGCAGAAGAAGAGGUCAAGAAAAUACUGGCCUUGAUCCGGCCUCAUGCCGUUGUCCACACAGCCGGCAUUACCACGCUCCUUCAUGACCGAUAUAGUCGGAGGAUAGAGAAGCACCUCCGCCACGUCAAUAUCGAUGGUACGAAAGUGAUGCUGGCCGCCGCCAAAGAAGCUGGUUGCGAAGCAUUUGUCUUCACGAGCUCUUGCUGUGUUGUCACAGACGCGUUACGCGGCUACUAUGCCAACAUCAACGAGGAGUAUCCUGUCUCGACUAAAAGUCUCAUGUAUGGUGAAUCAAAGGUCGAGGCAGAGCGGCUGGUCUUCGCAGCGGACUCGGCAGAGAUGGCGACUUGCAUCCUUCGACCAGCUGUCACCUUCGGGGAGGGCGAGUAUGUACUGGUACCAUCUGUCCAUGCCUGCAUUGCCAAGUUCGAGACGCCUUUUCGGCUGGGUGAGGGCAACAAUCUUUGGGACACCGUGUACGUUGGAAAUGUGGCGUAUGCCCAUGCACUUGCUGUGAGGAACCUACUUACGACGAGAUCCGCGCAUGGUGAAGCAUUCUUCAUCCAGAAUAACGAGCCCACUACCUUCCGCGAGUUCAGUCUGGCGGUCUGGAAAGAAUUUGAUCACUAUCCACCAUUCGAGCUGGAAAUACCUGCAAGUCUCGGCAUGAUAGUUGGCAUGCUCUCUGAAGCUUGGACGUGGCUAAGUGGUACCGCAACAACCAUCAGUCGAGGCAGCGUACUUGAUGCCACGGCGGUAAGGUAUGCAAGUGGGGAGAAAGCCAGGAGGAUACUUGGCUAUGAAGCGAGGGUGAGUCUUGAAGACGGUCUCAAACGGAGUUGUAAAGAGUAUGCGGAUCGUCUGAGAUCUGCUGCUGCUGCUAAAGAGACAGCGAAGCGCUGA